AUGGCUGCAGACCCGUCUCGCUUCGCCGUGGAGAUAUUGACACUCAUUAGCAUGCUUACCAAUGAGGAAGAUCUCCCAAGUCUCCGUNNUCUGGUUUGCAAAUCCUUUCAUGAUGCUGCAGCAAAGUGGUUUGGGCAAGCUUUCUUCACUGCUCGCACACAUGUUGUCUCACAUACCAGUACGGCUGAAUUGAUCUUGAUGUCGGCCAAUUCGAAGAUUGGUCCUCAUAUACGUCAGCUGGGCUUCAACAGCAUUCUUCUUCCACUACCUUCCUUCAUCCGGGCUCAUGAGACAGGCUUGAAUGGAAAAGCCCUGGUUUCCCGAGCAGCAGCCCGCCGUGAACAGUUUGUAUGUCUUGAGAGCGGCAUCUUCGAACAGCAACUCAAGAUUGUGCUGCAUAAUCUGAAGGUCUGGGGCAGCAAUCCGAUCAAGGUUCAUGUUUACUGCAAUCAAGGCCCAUAUCAUGGUUGGGGCUGGCAGUCUUUGCUUCCUAAGCACGACCUUACGUCUCUGGAAGUCUUUCGAGCAUCUCCGCCUCUGCAAGAUCGUGGAGCCAUGCACGANAUCACUGCUGCCUUCACUCAUGCUGUGCUGCUUACAAACUAUCCAAUGUCCGGCAUGGUACUCGAUUUCAACCGCAAAUGUGCUGGCCCGACAAGUAUCCUGCACUACCUCACCGAGCUUCCUGAAGAAACCUACAGCUCGACAAGAAUCUCUGGCGGUGAUCUACUCUGCCGACGUUUCGCUGCAGGAUUUAAUGGCUACCAAAGAGGUCGACAUGACACACUCUACUUUGUUCCACAGAAGAAACGCCUUGAGGUUCGCUCUGGCGUCACAUCAGGCAUAAUCAACGACUUCCAAGCCUUCACGUCUUGGCUUCCUCGAAAUUCUGUCACCACGUUGGUGCUGAGGGAUAUUACGACAUACUGGAAAGGGAAGCCCGACACUUUCCUCGCUUACAAUCCCCAGCUCAAGCACCUUGAAUUUCACUCGUGCCAGUUUUGGGGCAUCGAGUGGAGUGAGAUCUUGACNAAACUCACCACGGACGCCAACACCGACAAUCCUCUGCCGGCACUUGAGUACUGCUGUUUCGCAGACCUUCGUCUGCAGGAACCAGAGAUCUACGUACGCAUUCACGAGUUUGUCAAAGUUUGCAAGGAGAGACAUGAGUACAGUGGCCACGACGAGGUCCAGCAGGGCUUGGAGUUACUGAGUGCAAGAUUCAAAGCUCUUGAGGCUACAGACUUCUCGAGCGAUAGUGAUGACACUGAUCUGGCAGGAGAUGAUUUGGACUGA